GGUUCCGGCGCCGGGGCGGGGCCAGAGACGCCGGAAGUGACCGCGCGGCGCGCCUGCCCGCGGGGAAGAGCGCUCUUAGACCAUGGCGACCCAGGCGAAGCGCCCACGGGUGGCGGGGCCCGUGGACGGCGGCGACCCGGAUCCUGUGGCCGGCUUCCUGAGCUGGUGCCGGCGGGUGGGGCUGGAGUUGAGUCCCAAGGUGGCGGUCAGCCGGCAGGGCACGGUGGCUGGCUACGGCAUGGUGGCCCGGGAGAGCGUACAGGCCGGAGAACUGCUGUUAGUGGUGCCGCGGGCCGCGCUCCUGUCGCAGCACACCUGCUCCAUCGGCGGCCUGCUGGAGCGUGAGCGAGGCGCGCUGCAGAGCCAGUCGGGCUGGGUGCCACUGCUGCUGGCGCUGCUCCACGAGCUGCAGGCCCCGGCCUCACGCUGGAGGCCCUACUUUGCGCUCUGGCCCGAGCUGGGCCGCUUGGAGCACCCGAUGUUCUGGCCAGAGGAGGAGCGCCGGUGCCUGCUGCAGGGCACAGGCGUACCCGAGGCCGUGGAGAAGGAUUUGGCCAACAUCUGCAGCGAGUACCAGUCCAUCGUGCUGCCCUUCAUGGAAGCCCACCCCGAUCUCUUCAGCCUCAGGGUUCGCUCCCUAGAACUCUACCACCAGCUUGUGGCCCUUGUGAUGGCCUACAGCUUUCAGGAACCACUGGAGGAAGAAGAGGAUGAAAAGGAGCCCAACUCCCCCGUGAUGGUGCCUGCUGCAGACAUACUGAACCACUUAGCCAAUCACAAUGCCAAUCUAGAAUACUCUGCGAAUUGUCUUCGGAUGGUAGCCACUCAGCCCAUUCCUAAAGGCCAUGAGAUUUUCAACACUUAUGGGCAAAUGGCUAACUGGCAACUGAUUCAUAUGUACGGUUUUGUUGAACCAUAUCCUGACAACACAGAUGACACAGCUGACAUUCAGAUGGUGACAGUUCGUGAGGCAGCAUUACAGGGAACAAAAACUGAAGCUGAAAGGCUCCUAGUGUAUGAGCGCUGGGAUUUCCUAUGCAAACUGGAGAUGGUAGGGGAAGAGGGAGCCUUUGUGAUAGGGAGGGAGGAGGUGCUGACUGAAGAGGAGCUGACCACCACACUAAAGGUACUGUGCAUGCCUGCUGAGGAGUUCAGAGAGCUUAAAGACCAGGAUGGAGGGGGAGAUGAUAAAAGGGAAGAGGGCAGCCUGAUGAUCACAGAUAUUCCCAAGCUCAAACCAUCGUGGAGACAGCUGCUUCGAAGCAGUGUUCUACUGACUUUGCAGACCUAUGCCACAGACUUAAAAACUGACCAAGGUUUACUCAGUAAUAAGGAAGUCUAUGCCAAACUCAGCUGGAGGGAACAGCAAGCCUUACAGGUUCGCUAUGGUCAGAAGAUGAUCUUACAUCAGUUGUUGGAACUGACAAGUUAGCAGUUUCCCUGUUCCCUGAAGGAACAGCAGUAAGAACUUUAUUUUAAGCUAAUACUCAUUGAUGUUUGAAAAAGAGGAAAAUUGGGCAUCUUUUUCUUAUUAAACACCAAGAGGAAAAGUAGCAAAGGUGGUGUGCUAGGAUUAACUGAGGUAAGGGUGAUGUGUUUUAGGAUUGAGAACAGCAGACUUGGGAAUCACUGCUAAUUGUUACUUAAAGCAUGUUACAGCUAUUUUGUUCCCAGUUUUAACCAAAGCCAGUGGAAAUAUGGUAGUAAUAGGUCUUGUUGUGUUUCACCAUUUAAUAACAGACUUCGGAGGUAGACCCUGGUUUAAAUCCAAGUCUAGUUUCAGGAAGUCACUUACCCUUUAUUUAAAAGACUGGAUUUAAUAAGCUGUCUAACUGGCACUCGAUCAGUUACCCGAAGUUCAAUCUAGAUGGCACAAACCACCCCUCAGGGAAUAAACCCUAAGACAUCA